AUGCUGUUCCAUUUUUUCCCAAAAUAUUUCCCAAAUGGUCACAUCGGCGUUGAUCAAUUCUUCGUUCUCUCUGGUUUCCUGAUGUCCAUGGUGACGGAGCGAGAGAAGCGAUUCAGAGGACGGGAAAUAGCCAAUUUUUACUACCGCCGCUUGAAGCGUAUCGUGCCGUUGUAUCUACUUGUGCUUCUGGGUUGUGUUGCUGUUUCUGAGGCGUGCCUAUUCGGCUAUUUACAUUCCACUAACUGGAGUUCUUUCCACUACGCCUCCAUUUUUAUGACGAAUAUCAAAGCAACUGAUAGCAUCAGGGAAUAUCACCAU